AGAAAUCAGUCAAUUUCUCAAUUAGUACAUUUAUAUUUAUUAUAAAUUGAUCAUAAGUGUUAAUUGAAUUGGCAUUUUCGUAAAAAUAUUCAUAUCAUUAAAAACAAAUUAUAGGAUGUUCAGCUUUAUGUAAAUAUGGAUACAUUUUUCUAACACUAUACCAUUUUUGGUUUUAGUAACGCUAAUAUACUCCACUGUUUUUGUGUCCAAUUCAAGUAAAAAUGGAUUUUCAUGAUACUGGUGUUGACAAUAAAGACCUUUGCAAUGUAUUGCUUAAAUGGUUACAAACGUUAUCUCUAAAAGCACCUCAUAGGACUUUACACGAUAUAUCCGAUGGAGUCGCAAUGGCUGAAGCUCUUAAUCAAAUUGCUCCAGAAUGUUUUGAUGAUACUUGGUUUUCAAAAAUAAAAAAAGAUGUUGGUAGUAAUUGGAGACUUAAGGUCAGCAAUUUAAAGAAAAUUGUAGAAAAAAUCCACGAUUUUUAUCAAGAGUGCGAUUCUCAACAUAUUGGACAUUUUGCUGCCCCAGAUGUUUUGAAAAUAGGUGGUGAAGAAAAUAAAAAAGAAUUAGCUCGUCUGUUACAGCUUAUCUUAGGUUGUGCUGUGAACUGUCGUAAGGCUCAAGAAUUUAUUACAAAGAUUAGAUCAAUGGAUGAAAAUUCUCAAACAGUAAUUAUGCAGUCUAUACAAGAUUUAGAAAGAAUUCAAGGACACGCUCAAAGUAGUUUUACUAAUAGUUUAAGUAUUGAUACAGUACAGCAAGAUCAAAUGCAACAAAUUGUCGACGAACUUCAAGCAGUAACUCGAGAUAGAGAUCAAAUGACUCAACGCUGUCUUGAACUUGAUUCACAAAUUAGUUUAUUGCAAGAAGAAAAAAAUUAUAUACUAGACGAAAAAAAACAUUUGGAAGAAAGGCUAUUAGAAAGUGUGGAAGAUCCUCUGAAAGGUAAUGGUCAAAUGAGAAGACAAAUUGAAGACCUGAAAGAAGAACUGUACAAAGCUGAAACAUCUAGGGAUGACUAUCGGCUAAAAUUUGAGACACAAGAGAGAGAAAUGACUGAUUUGAAAUCAAAAUUUGAAUUACUACAAGAAACGGCUGGCGAAGCAAGGUUGUUAAAGGACGAGUUGGAUAUUCUUCGAGACACAGCUGACAGAGUUGAAAAAUACGAAUCAACCCUACAGUCGUACAAAAAGAAACUUGAAGAACUGGGUGAUCUAAAACGUCAAGUUAAAGUAUUAGAAACAAAAAACAUAGCUUAUAUUCAACAAAACAUGGAAUUGGAACAGGAAAUAAAAAAAACUACCGUGUGGAAAUCACAAUUGGAUAUUUACAAAAAACAAGUGACUGAACUGCAUCAAUCACUCAAUGACGAGACAAACAAAUCAGAUAAAUUAGAGUUUGAAAUAAAAAAAAUGAUAGAAAAUAUUAGCACAUUAAAAAAAGAAAAAGAUAGAUUAAUCGUUGAGAGAGAUUCAUUAAAAGAAGCAAAUGAAGAACUAAAAUGCUGUCAAACACAGCAAAAACGCAAUGGUGGUAUUGAACAUUCACAAACAACUACUAGUGACGAUUUGGAGUCGGUCAUGGAUUUAAAGCAAAAAUUAGUUCGGCUUCAACAUGAAAAUACAAUGUUAAAAAUGAAUCAAAAAGAUCCAGAAGAAGAUAAAAUCACUGUACUGCAAACACUAUUAGAUGAUACGAGACAACAAUAUAAUCAGUUACGUUUGGAUAAUAGGAAAGCGAAUCAAAGGAUAAUGGAAUUGGAAUCCGACCUUAAAGAACAGUCUGAUGAAAACUCUAAUGAAUGGAAGUCCAAGAUAAAAGAACUUCAAAAUAAACUUCAGUGUGAAAAAGACACGAGAUCAAUGGACAUAGAAGAAAAAAACGCAGCAAUAACAGAAAAAGAUCAGCUAAUAAACUUACUACAAGUUACUAUAAAUCAGAAAGACUUGGAACUUCAAGAGUGGGAAGAAAAACAUAAAAAAUGUAUUGAAAAAGCAAAAUCCGUUGUGAAGUCAAUGGAUAUGAAAAGUGUUAUGACAUCAGACGCAGAUAUAAAUGUUCUUCACAAUAAGUUACUGAAAGCAAACAGUGAAAUUAUGGAUUUAAAGAAAGAACAAGAGUGUUUUAAAAUGUCACAAGAACACGAAGAAAAAUUAAUGGCUACUGCGUUUUAUAAACUUGCCCAAACAAAAAUGCAAGAGUCUGUUGACCAACGAGUAAUGAAUCAGGGGUUAUUGCACAGUCAAACAUUUUUAUCAAAACACAGACACCAACCAAAUAAAAAUGUCGAAUUACCUAUUAUAUCGAAAUAGUUUUUUUCGAGACAACUUAUUAUAUUUAUUUAAUUUGCGUUUUUUAUUGUUUGAUAGUUACUAAAUUUUGUUUUCAUUCAACUUUUCUAAUUGGCAAAAUUAAAUUUUAUCAAUAAAUUUUAUUUUUGAUACCUAUAAUAUUGAAAUUAUCGAGACCACUAAAUUAUAAAAGUUAAAUGAAUACAAUUAUAUUUAAAUUUUAAGGAUACACAAGUAUUAAUU